AUGGUGCGCACAUUUCCGUCCCUCAAAAUUGGUCUGAUGGUUGGAAUUGGUGGCGGUAUUCCACCUCGGGUUAGACUGGGCGAUGUUGUGAUCAGUGCACCUGUCGCUGGGUAUCCUGGCGUUGUCCAGUGGGAUAUGGGAAAAGCUGAAACAGGCGGUUUCAAACGAACUGGUGCGCUGAAUAAUCCGCCAACUGCACUGCUCACAGCCUUGACAACACUUGAGACUCGACAUGCGAUGCAUGGAUCUCGGAUACAUCAAUAUCUUGAUGAAAUGGGAAGGAAAUAUCCCCCAUUGGUAUCACAAUACACCUGGUCCGAUUCCCUUCAGGACCCUUUAUCUAACCCGGGAGUUUCUCAACAUGCUCAGAGUGGCUGGCAAAUUGUUCUUCUUGCACUCUGGAGCCUGAUUCUGGUUAUUUACAGAUACCUCUCCGGGAGUGGAUUGCUUGCUGUUGAUUCUCGAGCAAAAUCAGCAGUACCCCCUGUUAGUCAUGACGUACGCGUGCAUUAUGGCCUAAUCGCAAGUGGAAACAGCGUCAUCAAGGACGCCGUGCAUCGUGACGCGUUGAAUGAAAGUCUUGGUGGGAAUGUCUUAUGUGUCGAAAUGGAGGCGGCUGGGCUCAUGAAUACCUUUCCAUGCAUUGUCAUCAGGGGAAUAUGUGAUUAUGCCGAUGCACAGAAAAACAAAGAUUGGCAGGAAUAUGCUGCGGCUAUUGCUGCAGCAUGCGCGAAGGAGCUUCUCGAGCAUGUACAGCCUAAUGACGUGGACAAUGAGCGUCCACUGAAAGAUAUUUUAGGUGAUGUCAAAGAAGUCAAAGAAACAGUCCAGAGAACAGACACCAACGUUAGAACAAUGCGAUACAAGUUGGAUAGAAAAGAGGAUCUCGACAUUCUCGAUUGGCUUACUGAGAUUGACUACGGCCCACAGCAUAGCGAUAUCUUGAAAAGACGACAGCCUGGCACUGGCCAAUGGUUCUUGAACUCCGUCGAAUACCGGAAUUGGCAGAGCUCAAAAAAGCAGACGCUGUUCUGUCCAGGCAUCCCUGGAUCGGGGAAAACAAUUCUCGCAGCAACCGUCAUUGACGACCUUACCACCAAGUUUGCACAAGAUCCCUCGAUUGGGAUUGGAUAUAUAUAUUGCAACUUUCGCCAAACCCAGCAACAAAACCGUGAAGAUCUGGUUUCAAGUUUGGUGAAGCAACUGAGCCAAAGCUGGUCUUCCCUGCCCGGCACCGUUACAAAUCUUCAUAGUCAACAUAAGGAAAGAAAAACCCGGCCAUCAUUUCAUGAAAUUUGCAGUUCUCUUUCUUCUGUGGCAGCACUUUAUUCGCAAAUUUUUAUCAUUGUGGACGCUUUGGAUGAAUGCCAAGUAUCCGAUGGGUGUUUGUCAAGUCUUUUAUCGGAGAUUUUCACUCUGCAGAGCAAAGCUGCCACGAAUCUUUUGGCCACUUCGAGACCUAUCCCAGAGAUUGCACAAAGGUUUGACCGGUGUAUAUUGCGGCCUAUCUCUGCUUCAGAGCAGGAUAUCCGAAAUUAUCUCAACAGCCAUAUGACGCGGCUGCCAGAUUUUGUCAAUGAGAGCCCAGAACUGCAUGAGAAGGUUGUGGCUGGAAUUGUUGAUGCCGUUGAUGGAAUGUUCUUACUCGCACGACUCCACCUUGAUUCCCUCAUUGGAAUUCAUUCACCAAAGGCUAUCGAAAUGGCGCUUAAGAAGCUUCCUAAAGGAUCAAAUGCGUACGAUUAUGCAUAUGACGAAGCCUUGGAAAGAAUUAGGGGACAAGCGCCCGCCUGUCAAGAGACAGCAGAAUGGACUCUAAAAUGGAUUACCUUUGCAAAACGACAGCUGAGCGUCCAAGAGCUGCUGCACGCCUUGGCAGUGGAGGUGGGCGAAACUGAAUUUGACGAACGAAAUAUUCCACGUAAAGCCCAUAUUCUCUCUAUCUGCGCUGGGCUAGUCACGAUUGACGAAGAAAGCGAUGUCAUCCGUCUGGUGCAUUACACAACACAAGAAUACUUCGAGCGAACACGAGACAAACUGUUUGUGAAUGCAGAAGCUGAUAUUACGAAGGUUUGCGUCUCUUAUCUCUCUUUUCGUCCGUUUGACAGUGGACCUUGUCGAAAAUGGAACGAUUUUGUCGCACGACUGGAGGUGAAUAGGCUCUACGGCUAUUGCGCAGAUCACUGGGGAGACCAUGCUCGUGGUGCUUCUAGUAUAUGCCCAGAGAUUAUAGAAUUCCUUAACUCAGAGACAAAGGUGGCAGCGUCAAGCCAAGUGAUGUUAAAUAUCUAUCGCUACGCCGAACUCUACUUGUCUGAGGAUAUCAUGGCAGGGCUUCACAUGGCAUCGUUCUUCGGACUAGGAGACGCAGUUGAGAUGUUGCUGCAACAAGGGGUCCAAGUUGAUAAAAUAAGCCAAGAUGGCUCAACACCGCUGUCAUGGGCAGCCCGAAAUGGUCAUGAGCCAGUGGUCAAGCUACUACUUGAUAGGGGUGCUGAUCUAGAGGCGAAGAAUCAUCCUUUUGGUCAAACACCGCUGUCAUGGGCAGCCAAAAAUGGCCAUGAGCCAGUGGUCAAGCUGCUACUUGAUAGGGGUGCUGAUCUAGAGGCGAAGGAUGAUCGUUUUGGUCAAACACCGCUGUCAUGGGCAGCCGAAGAGGGCCAUGAGCCAGUGGUCAAGCUGCUACUUGAUAGGGGUGCUGAUCUAGAGGCGAAGAAUCGUUUUGGUCAAACACCGCUGUCAUGGGCUGCCAAAAAUCGUCAUAUGUCAAUGGUCAAGCUACUACUUGAUAGGGGUGCUGAUCUAGAGGCGAAGGAUGAUCGUUUUGGUCAAACACCGCUGUCAUGGGCAGCCGAAGAGGGCCAUGAGCCAGUGGUCAAGCUGCUACUUGAUAGGGGUGCUGAUCUAGAGGCGAAGAAUCGUUUUGGUCAAACACCGCUGUCAUGGGCUGCCAAAAAUCGUCAUAUGUCAAUGGUCAAGCUACUACUUGAUAGGGGUGCUGAUCUAGAGGCGAAGGAUGAUCGUUUUGGUCAAACACCGCUGUCAUGGGCAGCCGAAGAGGGCCAUGAGCCAGUGGUCAAGCUGCUACUUGAUAGGGGUGCUGAUCUAGAGGCGAAGGAUAAUGAAUAUGGUCAAACACCGCUGUCAUGA